CGAUCCCCGAAUCCCUCCCCCACCAGCGAUUGCUUGGGAAUCUCGCACAUAUGAUUUGCUCGCCCUAUUUCGAGGCUGCAGGCUGCCGGCUUCCCCGAGGGCCUCGGCCUGGACUGCCAAGGGGAGACAGUGCCAUUUCACCUGUGUACUGAGCUUUUGGAGUUGGGACCAGUUGAAAAGGCAGCCAUCAUUUCUAAAUUCAUCUCGACUUGAAUCUUCACGACUGCAGACUCUUUGUCACCGGCAGCUUGAGAUUCGCAGAGGACUCUACCUCUUGAUACCGAGAAAGAAAUGGGCAUCUUAACUGAUCAUGCAGCCUGGACGCAGCCCUCGCUGUCAUCCUCGUCUGUCCAAGUCGUGGUGCUGCUUCUAUUCCUCGCCGGCUUGACCGAGGCAGCAUUGCUCCUCUUCUCCAAAAUCCGCCACUUUCCUGGGCCUAUUUGGGCUAAGCUGUCCUCAUUUUGGCUUGCUUGGCAAUGCCGCAACACGCGGCGUUCGCAGGCCGUCAUGGAGCAACACAAGAAAUACGGAGACUUUGUUCGAAUUGCCCCCAACCACAUUUCCAUCAACAAUUCGGCGGCUGUUGCCGAAAUUUAUGGCCACAAGACAGGCUUCACGAAGAGCGAAUUCUACGACGCCUUCAUGCAGGUGACACCGGUUGUCUUUACCGCCCGGGAUGUCGCAACGCAUGCGAGAAAGAGGAAAUAUAUGAAUCCGGCCUUCUCCGCACGUGCCUUGUCUGAUUUCGAGCCUCAUAUGGACGUGGAAUUGGUGAGGUGGAAGCAGCGGCUGCUCGGAAUGCUCGACGAGUCAAGGGCAGGGUCAGAGGCACGCAUCGACUUUUCUACGUGGACAAAUUAUCUGGCUUUUGAUGUGAUCGGAAGCUUCGCCUUUGGAAGAUCGUUUGGUUUUGUCGAGAAGGGCAACGAUCCGUAUAACCUCAUUUCGACAAUCGAUGUCCGUGGAGAGGUCCUCAAUGCUCUCGGAACCAUUCCUCCUUGGAUGAGACCCUACAUGAAAUACAACUACUUGGAUUCCUUCUGGAGUUCUGGGUUGAGAGCUACGGCUAACCUUGAGAAGAUUGGACGCGAGGCAUAUCGCCAUCGCAAGGAAGAGUCUACCCAGGAGCGCAAGGACCUCUUGAGUUUCCUCUUUGCCGCCACGGACAGCGGAACUAAAGAGCCAAUCCAGGAGGAGGAAAUUGUUGCGGAAUCCAUCAGCUUCAUCGUGGGCGGGAGCGACACUACGAGCAGCACCAUGACGAAUUUCAUUGACAUUGUCUCUCGCGAUCGGGCAUUGCAAACAAGACUCCAGCAAGAGAUUGAUGCAGCAUAUCCCGGCGAGAAAGACGCUUCCUGGGUUCCUGCUGAUAAGGAGGUCUCCAGACUCCCGUUCUUGGUUGCUGUCCUGCGAGAAGUAAUGCGCUUCCGGCCGACAAGCGCAACCGGCUUGGAACGCGUAACCCCUAAAGGAGGAAGGGUCUUGGCUGGGAAAUUCAUCCCCGAAAUGACGGUCGUCAGCGUACCAACAUGUGGCGUCAUGAUGGAUCCGAACCUAUUCAAAUCACCGACAGAAUUUAGACCGGACAGGUGGCUCGAACCAGAGGCUGACAAACUCCUCGACUGCUUCUUCCCAUUUUCCACUGGGCCUCGCGCCUGCAUCGGAAGGAACUUUGCUUGGAUGGAGAUUCUGAAAGCUGUGGUCUUGGUGUUUAAGCAUUUUGACGUUGAGAGACUGAAUGACAACCCCACGAUAAUCAAGGAAGGGUUUUUUAACAAGGCUAGUGAGUGUGAGGUGAGAAUCCGGAAGCGCUGAAGAUCAAAUUAGAUGAUAUUAAAUCAAGG